CAGUUUGUUGAAUGCAAUGUUAUUCUUGAUGCCAACUGUCUGUGGCUUUGGUUUGCGAAUUAACUCUUAAAUCGUGGUGGUUUCUACGAACCACAUAUACGUUAACUACAGGGAAACUUUUGGAGAUCAUCCUUUUUCAGGAGACUGUUUUUGUUUGACUUUUUUUAACUCCGGUCUACUCUGAACCAUGUUUCAGAACAAGGUGAAGAACUUCAAAAUCAAUUUCAACGCUUUAAAUCAGGGGAAUACGUUCUCCAGUGGCGAUGUGAUGACAGGACACAUCUCAUUUGACCUCACAAAGGAAACGAAGAUCAGUUCUAUAACGAUGACACUGACAGGAAAGGCAAAUGUACACUGGUCUACCGGAGGUGGAAAAAAGCGAAGACGGAGACACUAUUCCGCAAAACUGGACUUCUUUGACCUAAAAAGUGUCAUCGUGCAACAAAACAGUGCUUCCGGUGGGGCUGCAACUUUCAAGGCUGGCACGCAUGUAUAUCCGUUUACAUGCCAGGUCCCGCAAGGGAACUUCCCAUCCAGCUUCCAUGGGGUUUAUGGACACAUAACAUACAACUUGACAGUGGCCGUCCACAGACCCUGGCAUAUGUCCAAAGACUUUGUGACAGAGUGUAAUUUUGUAAACCGGAUUAAUACCAACCAGCCAGAGCUGCAUGCUCCUCUCUCGGGCUCCAACAGCAUGACGAUGUGCUGCCUUUGGUGUACCUCUGGUCCUAUCGAGAUGACAGCCAGUAUAGAGAAGAAAGGCUUCAUGCCUGGUGAAACUGUGAAGAUCAUUUGCGAGUUUAUUAAUGGUUCAUCUCGAACAGCCACUCCAAAGGUGUCACUGCAACAGAAACAGGUUUUCUACACCCACAACAAGAACCACAGGAAGAUGUAUGUCAAGAAAUUUAUGUCCUCGACUGGACAACUCGUCAGUGAACGCAUCUCUGACCGUCGCACUGUGAUUGAGCUCACUAUUCCCUCUUCUGCAUCCCUCACCAUCUCUAACUGCAGCAUCAUUGAUGUUGAAUACUUGAUUGAGGUGAGCUUCAGUGUGAGAGGUUCCCCCGACCUCGAUGUACUGUUUCCCAUCAUCAUGUGUGAUACCCCUGUUGACGCUCACCCACCAUCUUAUUUGUGAGUUUUAAAUGUAUUUAAUAUUACAUUGUUUUCUGAGAGACAACAUUUAAUAGUGAACAGAAAUGUAUCAGUCGGACUUGUUACUGCGAGAGAUCUAUGAAUCCUAAAAGGCGUCAAUUUCAGUAACUGAAAAUUGUAACUGUUAAACAUUGUGAUAACUGCCAUAGGGAAUCAUACUGCCUUCACUCUGUGUUCAGAGUGAUAUAUAUUUUAUUAAAGUGGAUUACUGUUAACAUCUAUAGAAAGUCUAUUAUAUUUCAGCGUAGAAUUUAGUAGUUUUAGUUCAAGUUGAAGCAUUGGGUAAAUAAUUCUCAAUCAGGAAUAGAGCCAAAGCUAAAUGUUUUGCCACUGUUAGAGUUCAGAUUAAAUUCUUCUGCUCUUGUCUAACUGAUAACGCUAUAUGUUACUGUGUGUGAAGACAAAGCCAAAACCUUAAAGGGGAUUGUUUCAGACAGUCCUAUAAAAUAUAAUAUGAGGAUUUGUAAUAUAUAUAUGUGUAAGUUAGCAGCGUGUUAUGUAUGUUUUUAUUUUUUCUCAACCUAAGUUAUGGGUUUAAAAAUGUUGCCAUAUAAAUACUGUUUUGUGAGAAAAGUGUGAAGAGAAGUAUUUUACUCUUAAAUCUGAUUAUUACAGAAGUUUGGGCGCAGUAAGUGUUUAUGCUGAUGAUGACAAAGAUAACAUUCAAACCACUAAAUGACUGAACCGAUACAAUAUUGUGCACAAUAUUACUUCUAGCUCCCUUUAGCAGAAAAAAAAACAGUACAGAAUUUAUUAAAUUCAAUAUUUAAAGCCUUAUUAUGUGUCAUUGCGGACAUCAUCAACCUUAUUUCCUGGAGAAAAGCCAUCUCAUAUUUUUAUUCAAAUGGCAGUAACCAUAAGAAAGCAGGAUUAUGUUCAUAUUCACCAACUUUAGGUGCGUGGUAAAUUUGGGUUAACAUCAUCUCAGGCUGCUCCUUCUUACAGUACAUUGCUGCUGAGUGAAAGUUACAUUUAUAAAGUGGGUUUUGUAUACAUUAAAUGUAUUUACAGUAUUGUAAAAUAGAAAUAGAGAUAUUUUCUUUGUGGGCAUACUGCAAAGCUGGACCUCAGUACCUUUUUCUUCUCUUUUUUUUCAAUAAGCAAAUGUAUGUAAACCCUCCCUGUAUUACAAUCAUAUAUGCAAUUUUUUAAAAGUGGGUUUCUCAGAGUUUAAGGUGUUUUGACUAUUCAUUAUCAUCUGUGUGCCUUAAGACUAAUUUAUGUCAUUUGAAAUACUACUACUAAUACAACUCAUUGCCAAAGAAUACUUUUCUCUUAUGCUGCAUUUUUCUACGCUUGCACCACGCAGUUGUCAUGUUCCCAAAAUAUGUAUUGUCCUAAGAUGUUACUUUUAGGUUUUCCUAAAGACUGUCAUACAAUUGCAGAAAAAAAGACUAUGUAUUGAUGAAGUCAAAUAAAACAUUUUUAUAUAAGUAU